GCCCUCCUUCGGGCCUGACGAAGCUUCCUCCCUCUUUCCAGGCUGGUAACUAUGGAGUGGGGAGGGAUGAGCUAGGCAAGCAGCAGUUCUGGCUGCCCCUUGCUCCAGCACCUUUGGCCUUCGCUCCAUCAGGAGCCUUUUGGGUGCCCUUAAGGGGCCCCUGGCCUCUCCUUAUUGCCCCCUUUGGGCUCCUCUCUUGCAGUGGAGUCAGCAGCAUCAGCCCUCCCCUUUGUUUGAUUCCUUCAUUCACUUUCUUGCAGGGAGGGGCCUUUGGGUGCACAUUCUGUGGUGCCACUGAGAGUCCCCUUGGCCCUUUGCCCCCUUGGAGGGGCCUGUUCUGCUCAGAUCCCAAGGGGGGAGGGACCUUUCUAGCAGGACUGCAUUUUGAGGGGCCCUUAGUCCUUCUUCUGACCCCUUGGAGGCUCCCUGGGCCUCGAGGCCCCACAGAAGGGCCUUUUUUCACAGUGCCAACUGUGCCUGGAAGAAGGCCUGCGUGGCUGGAGCCUAACUCCCUGGGGAGUGCCCCCCCCUUUUAGCAGGGUGGCCAUUUUGAUUUUGGGCCUAAACACAUGGCCACCAAGAAGCCUGCCUAGGAGUAAAGUGGCCAUUUUUAUCCUUCAUUCCUUUGCUUGGCAGGGCGGCCAUUUUGAUUUUUGGCCUAAGCACAUGGCCGGCAAGAAGCCUGCCUAGGAGUGGCGGCCAUUUUGUCCAUACCUUUGAUUGGCAGGGUGGCCAUUUUGAUUUGGGGCCUAACCACAUGGCCAGCAGAAACCCUGUUUGGUAGUAGGGCGUCCAUUUUGUUGUAUCUUUUUUAAGUCUGAUUUUAUGGCAGCCAUUUUGUGCCAUUGAAUUCAACUUUUUCCAUUGCAUUGGCAGACAGUGCCAUUAGGGCAUAGGCCAUCAUUUAGGAACUGACAUCUUUAUCUCCUUUUUCCUAGUGUAGUAUGUCUUCCAGGAAGGGACAGGGAGGACCGAAGGGUAAAGGGCCUGCCAGGAGGGCCCUGCCCCAACAGCCUCUUCCACGGGAGACUACACUUGAGGAGGACACGGCUAACAGUGAGGGGGCCCCUACAUUACCAUCAGUGGGGGAAUUCGAAAGGAGGCCUGGUAUCCCUCCUCAGGCUUUGAGCCAGGCUUCAGAUUUAACAUCGGCAGAAGCAUUUAACAACAUGCUUUUGUCUCGCCUAGGAGCCCUAGUGGAUUGCUGGAGACGGCAUCAAUUACCAGUGCCGUCAUUGGUGCCGGAGAACAUGCCAGAUUGUGAUUCAGGUGUUGCUGUUCCGUCAACUUCCUGUGUUUCUUCCCAGCCUGGGCAGGCAGUGGCAUCAUUGGUCAGUGUGGGGGUUACUCCUCAACCCGUGGAACAGUCCACGUUAUCAACAGAUGGAUCGUUUCAGGGAGCUCGCUCCGCAAGCAUCUGUGACCCCCACAGUGAUGCCUUACAGCCUAUGGAGCCUUGGCGGGGUGAGGUUAACCGGGCCAUCGGAAUCACUCUAGCUAACAACACCAGAGUGGGUUAUCGUAAGUCUGAAGAGGAAUUUGAGUCCUUCCGGUCUACACAUGGCCUCGGCAAUCCUUGGCCUAUCCCGGUAGAGCACAUCCUUCAUUUCUGUGUUUUCUUGCACAACAAGAGUUUGGCCCCAGCCACAAUUAGGAAUAAAUUGUCUGCAUUGGCAUUUGCCUCCCAAGCUCAAGGGUACCCAAACCCAACCAAUAGUUUCAGGGUUCGUAAGAUAUUGGAAGGGUGGUCCCGGGAACGGGGCACAGUAAAAGAUACUAGGGCACCACUGGGGCCAGCAACCUUAAAAGGUUUGGCAAACGUUUGGCCUGGGAUUUGUCAUUCUCACUUUGAGGCCCUGCUGUUCCAUGCUACCGCUCUGACAGCUUUCUUUGGGGCCCUGCGGGUAAGCGAAUUAGUUGCAAGAUCAUGCAGAGAUGACUCAGGCCGGGCGCUGAUGAUGCAGGACCUGGAGUUAGGGGCAGAACAGGCAAUCUUGCACAUUCGCUUUUCCAAAACAGAUCAAAAGGGUAAGGGGACUAAAGUGCAGUUACUUACCUGUGCAGAUGAGACCUUGUGCCCAGUGAGAGCCCUGCAUCGAUACAUAGAGGUAAGGGGAAGAGACCCGGGAUUCCUUUUUAGGCAUGCGAACUCCCUCCCACUUACAAAAUAUCAAUUUUGGAAGGUUACAUCAAAGGCACUACAAGUUUUGGGCUUGGGUGGGGUCAAUUUUGGAACUCAUUCCUUUCGGAUUGGGGCAGCCUCUACGGCGGUGGCCAUGGGAUUUAAAGACCAAGACGUUCAGCGCAUUGGGAGAUGGCGCUCAAACGCAUAUAGGCGUUAUGUGCGAUCAUUCCCAACAACAAAUCAGUGAUUUUUUGACCUUUUAUUAGUUUACAGAUGCAGACCACUUCGCAGGCGUGUCCUCAUCUGUGGCCAUAGUUUGGUGUUCUGGGCGGAGAGACAUGCUCGACGAAGUUACCUUGGAACCCAGUUGGGUUUGAGUGACCAGGUUAUAGUUGAAUGGUGGGGUAGAAGAGGACUCCGAUGGGGGGGCCUUCUACCAAUGUUAUUCAAGGAGAGGCGGGGACCUCCUCCCGAGAUGUUAAUUGUACAUUUGGGGGGCAAUGAUUUGGGUCUAUUAAAGGGAAAGGCACUAAUUCUUCAAGCCCAGAAAGAUUUCAAUCUCAUUAGGCAACGGUGGCCUGGAGUUCUGAUUGCCUGGUCAGCACUGUUGCCACGACUACGGUGGCUAAGGGAUUGUGAUCCCAAGAAACUCGAUGUGGCCAGGAGAAAGGUCAAUCGGGAAAUGAAAACUGCCAUGGGGCGGAGUGGGGGCUGUUUAGUCCCGCACAGAGAAAUUGUGUUCAAACGGCCGGAGUUGUUUAGGGCCGAUGGAGUUCACCUCUCAGAUGAGGGGAAUGUUUUGUUUGUGAGCGAUUUGAAAGAGGGAAUAAAAGAUAUGUUGGCCAGCCUAGUGGGAAAAAGGGACAAGGCAGACGCCUGACCCUUUUAGUGGCAUGUUUAAGGUUAAAUAGGUAUGGUAGGCACCGUGGCACCCCCCCUUAGGGGUGAAGGGUGGACUCCCACAAAAGUCCCCAUAAGUUUUCAUAAAAUGGGAGCUACCCUUGGGGCUGGAUUGAGGGUUCUCACUCUUGAAAGACUCUGUGGUUUGGGAGAGAGCGCCCUCAGGAUGGCCUUCCAACUAUGAUCGGCCGAGGGUGCAGACUAAGAAUUUUGGUCGGCCUUCGGGAUCCUUGGUGCACGCAUGUCCUUGGAGGUGGUCAGAGGGAGUGACACCUGGACCCGGGACAAGGCUCACUAGGUGGCCAUUUACCCAUGAUUUAUGUUUUGGUGUUUUUACAGAUUUUCCCUCUACAGGUUAUUACCAGUUCUUUCAAUAAAUAGGUCAGAAAAUGGCCCUUUAGAUCCAUUUUCUUGUGUCUGGCUCUUUAUUUCAUGGUGGGAGUUCAAGCCCCACCCGCGGCCAAGCAAGCUUAAGGCGCGGGAGGGCAGUUUGAAAGACCCCAUGAAUGAGCCAGACUUGCUGAGGCUGGCUGGUUUGCCGGCCCAUCCAUGUGAGGGGGUGGAGCAACAAGUGGGAGGAGACUCCUCUGUCCCCCUCUUUCAGUUUCUUCCUGACUGCGUGACCCACCCCCCCCACCCUAUGGACAGUGUGAGUAUAGACUGGUCGCGCAAGGGCCGGGUAGGAAUUUUUCCCCCCCAAGUUUGCAUUGGGGGGUUUUUCGCCUACCCCACACUGUUUCAGAUGGGUGUGGGAAUUGGCUUUGAGGUGGCGUCAUAUAAAUAGGUUUUCUUGAAUAUAUAAUAAGAUUCCAAGGCAUGUUUAAGGUUAAAUAGGUAUGGUAGGCACCGUGGCACCCCCCCUUAGGGGUGAAGGGUGGACUCCCACAAAAGUCCCCAUAAGUUUUCAUAAAAUGGGAGCUACCCUUGGGGCUGGAUUGAGGGUUCUCACUCUUGAAAGACUCUGUGGUUUGGGAGAGAGCGCCCUCAGGAUGGCCUUCCAACUAUGAUCGGCCGAGGGUGCAGACUAAGAAUUUUGGUCGGCCUUCGGGAUCCUUGGUGCACGCAUGUCCUUGGAGGUGGUCAGAGGGAGUGACACCUGGACCCGGGACAAGGCUCACUAGGUGGCCAUUUACCCAUGAUUUAUGUUUUGGUGUUUUUACAGAUUUUCCCUCUACAGGUUAUUACCAGUUCUUUCAAUAAAUAGGUCAGAAAAUGGCCCUUUAGAUCCA